UUUUUAUAUAUAAAACCUGCAGCGGGUUCCAUAGUCAGUAGGUAUUCGACUCUUCCUGGAGAGACGUCAAGCCUGGGAUCAGGCUAAUUUCUCUAUAAAAAUGCGUUACCUAAAUGUAUUACUUGGAAUACUUCUCACAAUUGUAACCUACGUAUCGGCGCAGUUCGUGUUCCCAAACCCAUGUUCGUGCAACCACGAGUACAACCCGGUGUGCGCCACCGACGGACAAACGUACGACAACUACUGCCUAUUGCGAUGCGUGCAGAACGGCAAUCCCACGCUUCAACUGGCCUACGCCGGCACUUGCCGUGAAAACCUUUGCGGUUGCAGUUAUGAGUACGAACCAGUUUGCGGCACCGACGGACAAACCUACGGCAACUACUGCCUAUUGCGAUGCCAGCAGAACGGCAAUCCUACGCUUCAACUGGCCUACGCCGGCACUUGCCGCAAAAACCUUUGCGGUUGCAGUUAUGAGUACAAACCAGUAUGCGGCAGCGACGGCGUAACAUAUACUAACCUAUGUAGGCUCAAGUGUUACGGAGGCGGUGCCAGCUUACAGUAUUAUGGUGUAUGUAGAGUCUUCUAAACCCUGCUACAGACUUGUGACGGGCCGCCAUUCAUGUUAUGAGGCUUAUCCGCGCAUUUACAUAAUAAUAUGUUCGCCCUCGCGUUCCGUCUCGCUACGAGAAAUAAUCGUAGCGCCUUAGCGUAGCGCGCUUCCAUACAUACAAUAAUUAAACAAUCAAACUCACUGUUUGGAGACAAAUUUUAGAAACAAAAAAGUAUGUAUCUGUCUAUGGAUUUCCAGAUUUCUGUAAAAAUGUGUAGUUUUAAAGUUACUCGGUCUCAAAAAUUUAGAUACUUACAUAUCCUUAAACCGAGAAAGUAAAGAAUGGCGAGCAGCGAGCGAGACCACGAUGGCAAAUAUUAUGUAAAUGCACGAUUAUCUUAACAUGUAUCAGAUCUAUCAGACACUUCAGUAACAGUUCGUGGCAUGCAUUGGCCGAGAAUCACUUGUUAAUUAAAAACAAUUCGUAGA